UUUAUGGAAGUGAGAGGGCCAAUCUGCAAUUUCAAGAAAACACCGCCCCAAAAAUGUGAAACCAUCAUCAUCCCUUCAGUCUCGCCACCGCACCACCACCACCACCCAAAACAACCCCACAUCGAAAAUGCCGACCACGUCACCAUCCACAAGCACGACCCCGACCCACUCCAUGGGCGGCGGACGUGGCCGUGGACGUCAUCAAUGCAAAUCGCCCAGAAGGGACGGCCUCGAGGGUGGACCCCCCCACCGCCCCCGUCCCCCCUGGCCCUGGCGGUGCACACGGCCCAACCCCGCGCACUUUAGCCUCCCCCCACCUCAGCGGUGGCCACUCCUCUCUCUCUAGAUCUCAAGAUCAGCCGCACACGCCUCCCUACCCCCACCCACCCCACCUCUUUUAACCUUAUCUCUUCCGCCCGCCCCAUCCACCACCAUGCCUUUCUCUUUUUCUCCACCCACCUCCACCACCUCCUCCUCCUCCUCCUCCUCCUCUCCUCUCCAGAUCCCUCCCGCCGUCCACCGCGCCCCUCCUCCCCUCGCUAUCCUGCGCCUCCUUCCCUAUCCUCCGCCCGCCGGCCCGCCUUCUCAUCGUCUCCUCGCCUCCCCCGAUCUCCAGAUCUGCUCAGAUCUAACCCUCGCCCUCCGCCGCCCAUGGCCUCCGCCGCCGCCGCCGCCUCCGCUCGCCUCCUCCCGACCCAGCCCAGCCCCUCGGCUCCCCCAGCCCCCCGGAGGACGAGCCGCCGCUCCCCCUCCGCCAGCCUCCUCGCCCUCGCCUCCUCCCCCGUCCCCGCCUCCUCCGGCGGCUCCAGCCUCGCCGCCCAUGGCGCACACCACCAUAACCCUGGCCCAGCCGGCCAUCACCAACCCCCGGCGGCUCCCGCCGCCGUGCUGGUCCCACGACGAGACGGUGGCCCUCAUCGACGCCUACCGCGACAAGUGGUACUCCCUCCGCCGCGGGAACCUCAAGGCCAACCACUGGCAGGAGGUUGCCGAAGCCGUGGCCUCCAGUUGUCCUUCCGCCUCCCCGGCCAAGACUGCUGUGCAGUGCCGCCACAAGAUGGAGAAGCUCCGCAAGCGCUACCGCACCGAGCUCCAGCGCGCCCGCUCGAUCCCGGUCUCCCGCUUCAUCUCCUCCUGGGUCCACUUCAAGCGCAUGGACUCCAUGGAGAAGGGCCCCUCCUCCUCGAACCCCGCCUCCGCCACUGUGGCCAAGGCCGAGAAGGCCGACAGUGAUGAAGACAACUUCAACGACGACGAGGAGGAGGAGGACGAUGACAGUGAGUUCCUGGGCGGCUCCCAGUUCGAUCACAAGUUCAAGAACAACGGCUCCUCUUUGAAUUCAAGAAACAUCCAUGGCUUGUACCACAACGGAAUCGGGACCGAACCCGCCAGCGGGAGCAAAUCGGGCAGCGGCUUCCGGAUCAAGAUCCCCACGGGAGUGAGCAUAGCUCAGCCCGGAGUGAACUACCGGAAGUUCGACAAGAAAUUCAACAUGGGUCCUUCUGCGAGUGAUGCGAACCCUAACUUUAGCCCCAAUUUCGGCCCCAAUUUCGGAGGGGCCGGUGGUGGCAGCGGCGGAGGCGGAUAUGGAGCUAGGGUUACGAGGGAAAUGAGUGGGAUGAGGAAGAGGGGGAGAGAGAAGGACCCGUUGGAGGAGAUGGUAGGGGCGAUCAAGGUCUUAGGGGAUGGGUUUGUGAGGAUGGAGCAGAUGAAGAUGGAGAUGGCGCGGGAGAUUGAGAGCAUGCGGAUGGAGAUGGAGAUGAAACGGACGGAGAUGAUCCUCGAGUCGCAGCAGAGGAUCGUCGAGGCCUUCGCCAAGGCGGUUGCGGAGCGGAAGAAGAAGGCCAAGAGGAUGCCCACUCCAGAAGCCUGAAUUGAAUUGCAAUGUGUAGGGAAGAAAGAUUUCUCGACUUUGUUGUUGCUUCCGCUGCUUCUGUUUAUUGGUGAUGAUAUAGAUGAGCGAUGAUGAUGAAUUGAUGAUGACACUCACUCAUCAAGAGGGUUUAGCGAGAGGGACGUGAAGAUUGUAGAACAGGGUUAAGGGAAAGGGCUAGUGAUCGAAGUUGGACAAAGCUGAGCAAGAGCAAAGCUUUGGUUUAUGUAGGAGGAUUUGAUUGUUAGAAUAGCUAAGGUAGGAUCUGUUUUGCAGUGGGAUUUCUUCUUUUCGUUUCAUGUGUUUAGUGAUAGGAGGAGUACUUGGAAUAUGCAUAAAGGUAAUACCUUUGUUGGAUAAUUUAAGCUUA